AUGAUCCCCCCCUCGAAAAUUUUUUCCAAAUGUCAUGAUCUCCCCCUCACAGAUUUGAGAGCAGUGCCAUGUAUGAGCAAAACGGCGAGAUCGAAAGAAAAAGUUGGGUCAGAAAUGGAGAGUCUUCGAAAACCCGGCGAAAAAUCAUCGACAUCCCGAAGAACUGCGGCGAAAAUUGUGGAAACUUCGAGAUUCAUCGAGCCCGAUCCGAAUUCAUCGGAGAGACAUCGGAGUAAAGAAUAA